AUGGCCAAAAUUACUGAUGAACAACCUGGUCCUCAAGACACCCCGAGCUCCACUGCUUCUACGGAUACAAGGAAACCUACUGAUUUGGCCACUAAAGGAAAAAAGAAGAAAGAGGUGGAUCCUUCAAUUUUCAAGUCCAGGGCUAACUACUCUUCAGCAAUUCUUCGUGACAUGACGGAGAAAAAGAAGAAGGCAUCAGAUAACCACACUUCUGAUUUGGACUUUUCGGACGUUCGUAAUGGUGAUGUGUCUAUUGUUGAUAAUGGAUCCCAAAUGGACGGAGAAUCUCUCAGGGUGAACCAACAAGGACUCCUGGGGGAGGCGAUUGUGAAACAGCAAAGAUCAAUGGCUAAUUUGAAAUCAGUGGAACAUUUUGCUCCAGCGGAUCGUAUUCAUUUUCAAAUACUUAUUUUGGAACAGCAGGAUCAAGCUCAAGAAAUACAUCGUAUGGUUGAAAACUUGGACGGCCAAGUUAACAAUGAAAGGUCUAGAUUGAACCAGGUACUCAGAUAUCUCUUACACUCUAUUCCUGGCAUGGAAAUAAACCGAAUGGUCUAUAAAUUUCAAAAGCCCACACUUUCUCUUUGCCGCGACUUGGAACUUCAAUAUGAUUAUCAGUUAAUGAUCACUGGCGUUUAUAAUCCUCCCCACAUUGUUAAGGAUAAAAAAGAUAAGGAUGAGUUGAAACUAUUGCAACAACGAAUUCUUCUUUUGGAAUCUCAACUUCAACGAGCUCAGGUUAGCACUCAUGGACAUGGUGGUACUAAUGAUCAAAAAUUGCGUCAGACUACCUUACUCAAACCAGAGUCUAGAGAAUCCAAGGCUAUCAAUCAACAGCGUAUCUGA